GAGCUUGUCUCCCCCAUGCAUUAUUGAUCAUAUUUUAUAAAUCCAACGCCACACAAUUUUUUCCACAUUACCGGAGCCGUGGGGAGGCGGCCCGGCCAUUGGCGGAGGGGACGUCACGUGGGCGGGGUCACGUGGCCCGGGGAGGAAAAAGGGGGUCCUUUUUGGUGUAAAUCUGGACUCUAAUUCUGUAAUAUAUCAAGGAAUCUCGUAAAACCGACACUAAAACGUCCCUGCCUACAAAUCAUCCGGCCAAAUUAUGAGUUCAUUGUAUUAUGCGAACGCUUUAUUUUCUAAAUAUCCAGCCGCAAGUUCGGUUUUCGCCACCGGAGCCUUCCCCGAACAAACUUCUUGCGCGUUUGCUUCCAACCCCCCGCGCCCGGGCUAUGGAGCGGGGUCGGGCGCCUCCUUCGCCGCCUCGGUGCCGGGCUUGUACCCCGGCGAGGAGGGGCAUGGCAGAGCCAUGAUGACAGCUCGGCGUCUACACCAGCCGGCUACGGGGACCACCGACCGCAAGCGGGGCCGCCAGACCUACACGCGCUACCAGACCCUGGAGCUGGAGAAGGAGUUCCACUACAACCGCUACCUGACGCGGCGGCGGCGCAUCGAGAUCGCGCACGCGCUCUGCCUCACGGAGAGACAGAUCAAGAUCUGGUUCCAGAACCGCCGCAUGAAGUGGAAAAAGGAGAACAAGACCGCGGGCCCCGGAGCCACUGACCAGGACAAGGCUGAGGCUGAGGAGGACGAGGAAGAGUGAGGGAUGGAGAACGGGUGGAGGAAGAGAGAGAUGAGGAGGGGAGAGAGGGAGAAGCCCAGCUUUGGGGACUGAACCAGGAAACGCAGAUCAAAUAGGGGAGGAAACCCUAUUGAAAUGGAAAACAGUUAAAAAAAUUGCUUAAGGAGAGAAGGUGAAAUUUUGGUUUAACACUGAAAACAAAAACUACCUAUAGAAAAGUCCGCCGGGUUUGUCUUGUACAGUAGGGGAAGGACGUCACCUACCUGUUCUAUAGCUUUCUGGAAUUUGCCUCCCCCUUUUUUUAUGUCGCUAACUGUAAGGUCUUUGUAAAAUGUUGCUGUUUUGUAAGCCCCUUUCUUUGACGCUGUCCUUUGUGGUCUGUGGGUCUGGACUAACGUUUUGUUCCCCGCGCCCAUGAGCCCACCUUCCCAGUAGAGGCACUGAAGGGGCCUUAGGGAGCCCCAAGGACCCACCGACUAGCUCCAUUGUCCUCUCUGUGCACCUGCCCUGCCCGACGCUCCCUGCUCCCGCCUGCCCUGUGGUCCUCUUUACAUUCUGUGUGUAUCUGAAGAAAGGAGAAAUAAAACACAAUUUAAAAACAAA